AUGUUCCGAAUGAAUCUGCUCGUGGCGAUGCAAAUGCCGACAGGCAUUAUGGGGGAUCUCGGGCGGCACGACAAACUCGAAUGGCAAGAGGAACGUCUUCGAUGCUGUCGAUGGUGGUAUGGGGAUGUUGGUCGCGUUGAUGUCCAUGGAUACAGCGGUUAUGCCUGA